AAGGAAUUGGUAUUUUAACUUCAUUUUGUCAGAACUUACAAUCAUUCUUGUAAUAGUUCCACUCUUUUCGGAGAAUGUAUAUACAUAGAUCUUCCCUAUCUUCAAUCAUUUUCUUGCUGCUGUGCGAAAUCCAUGCUUCCUAAAUCCACAGCUUCUAAUUCUUUUUCCUUUCUCAUAAUCCAUCUUGAUCAAAAUGGCUAGAUGUUUCAGCUUCACCUCUUCUCGCGACUGGUUCUACCGUUACUCCUUUUGCAAUGCCGGUCUGCGGUCAACCUCCACCGAUCUCUGCGAUGGCACCCACAUGCAUUGUUGGGUACCAAGAACCCCCAAACUCUCAAAACCCAAUCUUGUUCUAGUCCACGGCUUUGGAGCCAACGCAAUGUGGCAAUACGGCGACCAACUCCGUCACUUCACCGCCCGUUUUAACGUCUACGUGCCGGAUCUUCUCUUUUUCGGCGAGUCGUACACGUUGAGACCAGAAAGGCAUGAGUCAUUUCAAGCUAAGUGUUUGAUGAAAUUACUGGUGAAGCUUGGGGUGCAUAAAAUACGCCUUGUUGGGGUAAGCUACGGAGGGUUUGUUGGGUAUAGUUUGGCGGCGCAGUUUCCUGAUGCUGUUGAAAGGAUUGUGUUAUGUUGUGCUGGUGUUUGUUUGGAGGAAAAAGAUAUGGAAAGUGGUCUGUUUAAAGUUUCUAAUUUAGAUGAUGCAGCUGAUAUUUUGUUACCUCAAACACCUGAUAAAUUAAGAGAAUUGAUGAAGUUUUCAUUUGUUAGACCUGCUAGAGGGGUUCCUUCUUGCUUUCUUGCUGAUUAUAUUGAUGUUAUGUGUACAGAAUAUGCAGUGGAGAAGAGAGAACUAAUUCAUGCAAUACUUAAGAAUCGAAAGCUUUCUAAUCUACCAAAGAUCACUCAGCCAACCUUGAUAAUAUGGGGAGACCAAGAUCAAAUUUUUCCUGUGGAACUAGCUUACAGAUUACUAAGGCAUAUUGGACGAAGUGCAGACUUAGUAGUGGUUAAGAAUGCUGGACAUGCUGUGAACCUAGAGAAGUCCAAAGAGUUCGGUAAGCACUUGAAGUCCUUCCUUGUUGAUUCGGAUUCGCCGCCUGCCACCACCGUAUCACUAAUGAAGCUCUUCGAGGACAAAAGUUUCCAUUAAUCGUUAAUUCAUCCCUAAUUCUUGUAAUAUAAUUAUUUUUGCUUUUUUUUGUACAUUUUUC